GCCGCUGACGCUUCUGCCUCCGCCUCCGCCCCCGACGCCGACGCCCCUUCGCCUCCCUCUCGCGACCUCCGCCUUCGUCCGUGUCUGUUCUAACAGUAUUAUUACUUACUGAUGUGGAGGGAGGAGCAUUGUGGGGUGAAAUUUUGAAGAUUUUGUUGCUUUCUUUUCAUUUUGAGAAGAAUAUAGUUUUUACAACUACAUGAGAGGUACCGUUCAUACUAUUUCAAGUGUUGCAGAUUCAUUAUGCAUCUUGAUUGCUUUUUCACACUUUUUAAUGGAUUGGAUGUUCACUAGCAAAUGGUUGUCAACUACUACUUUGUUCCAUCGAUGCAGAGUGAUUAAGGCUGCAAAGAAUGUCUCGGGACCAACAUUAUCUAACCUCCAGCUUGCUGAAGAAGAGAUUAUUCUUGAUAUAGAUGGCACUGUUCCUCUGCAACCUGUAUUGCAGCACAUUGGUAUCUCAGCUUGGCCUGGCUGCUUCAAGACUUCUCCACCAUGAGUAUCAGUUGCUGCAUGACCAGCCUGCAAGAUACCAUACCCAUGGACGGAUUGCCCAAACUCACUAUCUUGAUGUCCUGGUGGAUGGGCGAACUACCAGAGUGUCAUCUAUUCAUGGAAGUAAGAAGCUGCCUAGUGUUGAUGGUGUUCGAGGUCACCGACUGCAAGUAUGCCGUGUCUCGCAAGAAGAUAGAGAGUGAAACAGUGUUUUAUCCCCUCUGAGAGAUGAUCAUUCCCUUCAGCCGAGAGAGUCUUUGUUAACAUUCAAAUGGAUGCUCACCAAGGAACCCAUCCAUUUAUCGGUCAAGAAGAUUCUUCUACGCUGCCUGACAGGACAAUUUUGCAUAAUACUUCUGACCUGCGUGUCAAGAGAAAACGCAAGGCUGAGGAACGAAUGAGGAAAGAGAUGGAAAGAUUUGAUCGUGAAAGAAGGAAGGAAGAAGAAAGGUUGAUGCGUGAACAGCAGAGAGAGGAUGAGAGAUUGCUACGUGAGCGAAGGCGAGAAUCAGAGCGACGGGAGAAGUAUUUACAGAAAGAAUCUAUUAAGGUGGAGAAAAAGAGACAAAAAGAAGAGCUUCGUUGA